AUGAAGCUUAGUGACUUGGUGUUGGGCAUUCUCUUCCUUAUUCAGAUGGGAGUUGGGAUUCUUGGAAAUUUCUUCCUCCUGGGCUUAUAUUGCCUUAUUUUACUCAUUGGUCAUAGGCUGAGGCCCAUAGAGUGCCUUUUUGCCAACUUAGCCUUGGCUAACUCAGAAGUGCUUCUCUCCAAGGGAGCUCCUCAUAUGAUUGCCUGUUUGGGCAUCAAAAAUUUCUUGGAUCUUAUUGGGUGUAAACUUGUCAUUUAUCUUUACAAUGUGGCCCGAAGUGUUUCCCUCAGCAUGACCUGCCUCUUGAGUGGUUUUCAGGUCAUCACCAUCAGUCCCAAUAAUUCCAGGUGGGCAGAACUCAAAACCAAAGCCCCAAAUUGUAUUGUCCCCUCCUGUUUCCUCUGCUGGUGCUACUAUCUGGUGAUAAAUUUUGCUUUGCUUGGGACUAUGCAUAACUCAAGGUAUCUGACCAACAACACAGAGAUGUGGAAUCUAGGCUAUUGCUCGGUUUUAGCUCCUGCCUCUUUUAAUGCCAUACUUUUUGCAAUUGUCUUUUCUAUUCCUGAUGUUUUGUGUGUGGGAUUCAUGAUUUGUUCCAAUGCCUAUUUAGUGCUUCUCCUACAUAGACAUCACCAGCAAGUGAAACAUAUUCACAAUCUUCAUCUCUCUCCCAGAACUUUGCCUGAGAAAAGAGCCACCCAGGCUGUCCUCCUACUAAUGAGUACAUAUGUCUCCUUUUAUUCCAUUCAUUCCAUCUUAUCAUUUUACCUCUUUAAAAUUGACAAACACCACCCCUGGCUCCUGACUGUCUCCGAUCUUAUAGCAGCAUGGUUCCCAGCCAUUAGCCCUUUUGUGCUUAUCUUCUGUGAUUCUCAAGUCUGUAAGUAUUGGUAUGCUGUUUGGCAGAGGAGAAGUUUCUGCCUCCUAUGUGACACUUUCCCCAACUGUACCCCCUUCCAGCAUUCUGCCCUAACACUAUAA